UUCGUUCAUGACAUGGCUGCCAUCUUCACCCGCAACUCCCGUCAGAGCGGGCACUACCGCCAAGCUUCGUUCGUCGAAGGAGAAGGAAUGCAAUUCGCGCUCUUCCUCGUCUUCCGCCUCUGGCUCCUCCAGAUCAGGGCCCGCGCCACCGGCUUGAGGCUCGCGAUGUCUGGCAGAGGCUUCCUCUUCCGUGAGGCUCUCAAUAUCACGGAAAGGGUCGUCACUCUCUCCCUCGCCAUCGCGUUCCGGAAUAGCUUCCACGAGCCGUGUCGCUUCGUGUGUAUCGCGUACCCAGCGUAGCAUGACCUUGUCAAACACCAUCCGACCGACACGAUCAGGCACGCCCACAUCGUGGGGUGCAAUGUGCGUGAUCUGCUUCGGACCAGCAUGCUUCACGUAGCUAUCCACGGUACCAGCGGUCAAGGUGGUCCCGGUCCCACUGGUGACUGUGCUUGAUGACACAAAGCGGUUCAGGUCCUCGCUGGCGCGCGCCCGCACCGAGUUGGAAGGGUAUGCCGGCACCGCUGCGCCGCCGGUAGCCAGAUUGGGUGCAUGGUGAUUACCUGCCGGAGAGGGAGGUUGCACCGCCACUGUCGGCGGAACGAGACUAGGUGUGGUUGCCCUGAGUUGU